AUGGAGGCACAGACUGAAAUGAUGGGCCAUAAACCAAGGAAUGUUGGCAGCCACCAGAGCUGGAAGAGGCAAGGAAUGGAUUCUCCCCUAGAGUCUCCAAGACACAGUGUGGCCUCAAUGAAACUGAUUUUGGACCUCAGGCCUCCAGAAUGCCUGGAAGAGGGGCCCACUUAUCUCAUCAGUGCGUUUGGAACAGAUGACCAAACUGAAAUCUGUAAGCAGAUUUUGACUAAAGGAGAGGUUCAAGUAUCAGAUAAAGAACGGCACACGCAGCUGGAGCAGAUGUUUAGGGACAUUGCAACAAUUGUAGCAGACAAAUGUGUGAAUCCUGAAACAAAGAGACCAUACACUGUUAUCCUUAUUGAGAGAGCCAUGAAGGAUAUCCACUAUUCAGUCAAACCCAACAAAAGUACGAAACAGCAGGCUUUGGAAGUGAUAAAACAGUUAAAAGAGAAAAUGAAGAUAGAACGUGCCCACAUGAGACUUCGAUUCAUUCUUCCAGUGAAUGAAGGGAAGAAGCUGAAAGAAAAGCUCAAGCCAUUGAUCAAGGUUAUAGAAAGUGAAGACUACAGUCAACAGUUAGAAAUUGUAUGUCUGAUUGACCCAGGCUGCUUCAGAGAAAUUGAUGAGCUAAUUAAAAAGGAGACAAAAGGCAAAGGUUCCUUGGAAGUACUCAAUUUGAAAGAUGUGGAGGAAGGAGAUGAGAAAUUUGAAUGACAUUCAUCAGUGUCUUCAGCUAUAAAACACAAAAGUGUUUUCA